AUGACGAGGAAACGAAAAAGACCUCCUCAGAAUGAGCAGGAACUGUCGGGAAAGCAUCCCAAUGAUACACAUUCGGAUAAUGUGAUCAGUCAUCACGCGGACACUAAGUACGACAGUUCAUUUUUGAACUCUCUGGCUGGUUAUGGUCAGAAAUCAGGGCGGAACUCGAAAAAAUACGAGAAGAGCGGUGGUGUGAAGUCGAAGAGAUUCAAUGACAACCGUACCCAUCAAGGAAGCAGACGACCGCUUUUCGACGAGCCUGCCUCAGAAGGUGCAUCAUCAAAUUUCAAGAGUGAAUUCGAGCGGAAAUAUGGAUACGUUGAAGAGAACGGUUACGUUGGUGAUUACGGUGGCGAUUACGGUAAUUACAAUGGUCAGGCAACGGGCGAAAUGUAA